AUAAGUAACCCCCACAGGUCCUUCCUCUGCCCCACUCUGCUGUGCUCCCAAGGAGAAAGCAACACUACAGUGAAGCAGAGCUAAAUCUUCUCCACCGAGCAAUGGCGGAAGUGGCGACCAACGGCUCGGAGGUGCUCGCCGCUCCGGCGGCCGUGCCGGCGCCGGCGGUGUUCACCGGCCUGAAGGUGCAGGUGACGGUGCCGGCAGGGCGCGCCGAGGAGGCGGUGGCCUUCUACAAGGCCGCCUUCGCCGCGGAGGAGGUGUCCCGCUCCACUCACCCCAAGCGCAAGGGCGACGGCGAGGAGGCGGCGCUGCUCUGCGCCGAGCUGAAGGUCGGGGCGGCAACCCUGCUCGUCUGUGACCAGGCCGGCGACGACGUCCCCGCCGUGGGCAAGGAGGGCGCCGCCUCUAGCGGCCUCGUGCUGCGCCUGGAGACUGACGACGGGAACGCUGCCGCGGCGCAGGCGGCGGCAGCCGGCGGCGCGCUGCAGGGGGAGGUCACAGAGGACGGCUGCGGGCUGGGCGCAACCCUCGUCGACCCCUUCGGCGUCACCUGGGUCCUCGCCUCCACCUCUGCCAAGAAGUGCGCCUAGAUCGUCGGUCCUGGGCACCGCCGCCGGGAUGAUGCGCUCCUGAAGCACUUCAUCAAGAUCGGUGGUGAUGGUCGCCGUCGCCGUCGCUAAAACGCGUCUUCAAGGAUGAUAUCAUGCGAUAUGGAGAAUAAUCUGUGGACUGUGGACUGUGAAUCUGUGAUGGUAGUAGUGUUGUUACUUUGUUAGUCAGUGUAGUAGUGGUCGGUGGAUGCUCUGAUCGUCGUUAAAUUUCAGCAUGGUUUAAGUAUGGGUCCUGGCGUCUGGACAUUGAUGUGGAACUUGGAACAUUGAUGGGUUAAUGGUGUUAUUGUAGGUAAUUGGGCAGUUCAUCGUUGUUUC